AUGGGACUUGUCGCAACGCUGUUCGUGCUUCUCCUUGAAGUUCACCAAUCCGCUCCCCGUAUCACCAUCUUGUGUACACUGAUCGUGUACCUGUUACACCUCUGUCGUCGACUAUACGAAUGUCGAUUCGUCUCAGUUUACGGACACGGCCAAAUGUCGUUGACACAUUUCAUACUCGGAAUUGCGUUCUACAUAGUCACUCCAGCAUCUCUGUUCGCAUCUCGGCUCUACGCUUCUGACCGCUCCUGGACAGUCAUGGCGCUUUUUGUAUUGAAAACAUCCGGCCUGCAGUACGCACAGCAUGUUGUUUGUAAGCAGCUGGCCGAAUUGCGCAAAUCCCCGACGAGCACUUCAGGCAGGAAUCAACCUACGGGAUAUUACAUUCCUAAAGGCACCAUGUUCCGAUACAUUUCCUGUCCGCACUACCUCUACGAAAUUGCCCUGUAUCUUACCCUGCACAUCUUUGUCUCUGUCUCCUGGAUUCCAUUCUCUCACAUGGUGCUUUUUGUGAUUUUCAACCAAGUUUGUUCCGCUUGGCUUACACACUCUUGGUAUCAAUGCCGAUUCCCCGAAUGGGCCGCCAAUCGAAAAGCAUUGCUGCCUUUUGUUUGGUAA